AUGGCCAAUACAGAUACCCCGGCUUAUCUGACCUCAGAUAAAGCGCGAUACACUCUCGGUAUUCACCGUGGCCCUCUGCUCCAGAAGAACGUCGAUGAAAGUGCCCAGCUCGAACAACUCGCCCAGGUCGAAUCGGCUGGAGGUCUAUCAUUGCAGAAGAGAAAGCUGAAGAAGAGAGAGAAAAUCCAGCGCCAUUGGAAGCGAUUCUGGUGUUUACACCUGUUUGUGACGAUUAUCUUCUUGGCCAUUCUCUUGCCCAUCUUGUUCUUGGUUAUCAUUCCUGCCAUUUCGCAGUCAGUCGUCAACAAGUCCGAUCUGGUGUUGGUCAAUGCUUCAGUGCUGAACCCACGACCCGACAAGAUCGAAUUGACCUUGUUGUCGGCAUUGGAUCUGAAGCUCGCAUUGCCCGUGCGCAUUGAUCCCAUCACCUUGGAUCUCUACGUGCGCGAUGUUGGCGGCCCCGAAGACCACUGGGGUCAAGCCCACCUCGACGGUAAGGUUAUCCGGGGCAACACGACCCUGGGCGUGAACAACGUCGAAACCCCGCUGACCAACGGCACCACCUGGGAGAGCUAUGUGCGCAAUGUCGUAUUUAAGAAGGAGACCCCGCUGUCAGUCCGGGGUACGACCAUGUCGUACCUGGGAGUGAUCAAGUCCAAGGUCACCAUGGACAAGGACAUCAUGUCACCGGUUCUGGACCAAUUCAAGGGAUUCGGUAUCUCCGACAGUGGUCUGAUUGCACCCCUUGAGGAUGGCACUAACCUCGUCGGAAAUGCCUCACUCCCCAAUCCCUCCGUACUGACCCUCGAUAUCGGCGAAAUCCUCCUGGACGUCAAGAGCGGCAACAUCGUCAUCGGAAACGUCACCCUGAAAGAUGUCACCCUCAAGCCAGGCCCGAACGUCUUCCCCGUCAACGGAAUCCUCGACAUCUCCACCAUGCUCGACAACAUUGGACCCAUCAUCGCCUCGCAGGCCUCGGCGAUCAAGACCGGCAACCUCGCCCUGGACACAGUCACCCGAUCAGUGAAAUGGAACAAUACCCUCGUGCCCUACUACACGAACGUGAUGAAGGAUCUCACAUUGACCGCCAACGUCCCCAUCGCCGACCUGCUCAAGAACACCAUCCACAACCUGCUCAACAGCAACAAAAAGCUCAGCGACGUCAUUGGCGGAGAAGGGGGCAACCUGCUCGGCAACCUCACGAAGAUCAAGGACAACGACUCCAGCGCAACCUCGAGCUCCGAACUCCCCUCUGGCUCCGAGCUCGCCUCAAAGCUCAAGGGCAGUCUCGCCGCGCGCGAUAUCUUCCGCGAUGCGCACCCCGUUAAACGGGAUUCAAUCAUUGACUCGCUAGCUCACUACUACGUGAAGCUGUGA